AUGGACCGUGGCAAGAAGCGCAAGCCGAUGACUUGGCCGAAGUGGAACGGUCAACCUGAGUCCUUCCACUUCUACCUCGACCGUCUGGUAUUUAAGUACAAUACCGACGAAGAGGAGGGCCUAAACGGCAACAACAACGUCGUGUGGUACGAGAUCCUGCAGACCUUGCCGGAUCAGAUGAUGAGGAGAGUCGAGGGUUUUGGAGGCAAGAGAGCGCGAAGGGCAACCCAGACCCCGGAAAUUCUUCUCGCACCUAGCCCAGACGUUCGGCAGCGUGCAGCAGACAGAGAGGGCGCAGGACAGGCUGCGCACCUCAUUCAACGAGACAGCCAAGAGUUUGGGAAGUUCCUCCUGAAUUCGAGGAAACAUUGA